UGUAAAAAUCAAACAUCACAUAACUGAAGAAUGGGGGAAUCGUGGCAGUCAUGGAAGCGUUGGCCGUUAGAAUCUCUCUCCACCCUCACCUUUCCGUCUCCCCCCCACUCUCCACUCCCACAACGAGGAGAGAGAAAAUUGGAGAUAGAGAGAGAGAGAGAAGAAUCUUAUUUGCACGAUAGGUGUGCGUUGGUUGGCUUGGAAUGGAUUGCCGCUACUAAUACAUGUCGAUGCCGACACUCCAUCUCUUGCUUCUUCCCAAAACCCAAAACCGUCAAGAAAUCCCAAACGCUGAAAUCCCAACAAACUGAACAAAGCUGCACUGCUUAAUUCAAAGAAAGAAUAUAAAGCCCGAAAUAAACAAGAAGAAAAAAAUGGAUUCCCUUCUGUCCCAGAAAAUCCCAGUCCCAUUCUGGUAACCUUUUUGCUUCCCUCCCUCUCCCUCUACUUAUCUUCAAAUCUUGCGCGUUGCUCGUUCGUUCGUUUCAUUGUUUUUUCAAGGUCAUCCCUGCUUUUACAAUCUGGGUUUUCUUUUUUCUUCUCUCCUCUUUCUCUCUAUGUUGCGUGUCGUAUCCGUAUGUCGGUUCUGCCCCGACCACAAUUGUGUCCGGAGCCGUUCAAUGCACAUGGGUUCACAUGCAUCGAGCGGCUCUGGAUGCAGUCUUCUGGAGUUGUAGUCGACAGUUUUGUACGUAGACUUUCUCUAAUUUCCCAAAUACUGGGUUUAUUUUGUUUUGCUGUUUUUCUAUUAAUCUGGGGUUUGUUCCAUUUUUCUUCUUCUGCUCUUUCUUGUUUUAUUUCCCUGCACUUUUUGGCUCUCUUGUAAAGCUACCUCACCUUUGAUUGUUUUCCAUUUAUUGUUCAGCUUUACACCUUAUUUGUUUUCGUUUCGUUUCGCUGUAGCUUUUUGUUUUUAUGCUACUUAAAUGUUGGCUUUUGACUCCUGCCCAUGCUUCCACCUGCUUUAUUGGCUCUUUUUAUGUUAUUUUCUUUUUGACAUUCUUGGUUUUUUGGUAUUCCAUUCACAGUUGUUUGUAUACGUUCUAAUGUAUCUUGCUCCUUUUCUCCUCAUGGCAAUUGGGUUUCUUUACUUUGAAUGUAGGUAGUUUUAUUGGGACCUGAUUUUCCAGAUUCUUCGUAAAGAGAAGGGACCGGACAAAGGGUUUGAUUGUUCAUAGUUUUUCUUUACUUCCUUUGUGAAACGAAUUAGUCGUGUGAUUUGAAGGAUGGGGGAUCAUUUUGUGUUGCUGGUGGAUCAGUUGCUCACAGAAUCCACCCUUGAAGCAGCUAUUGAGAGAAACAAACAGUUGCUGCACACCGCACCCACAUCAAGUGAAGAUAUGAUGAGUGAUGGCCCUUCUCAUAAGAUGGAUGUCGAUAGUGAAUCUUCGCCAAGGAAAUUAGUUUUGUGUAGGAUUUGCCACGAUGAGGAUGAAGACUCGAACAUGGAGAUACCUUGUUCGUGCUGUGGCAGCUUGAAGUAUGCCCACCGCAAAUGUGUCCAAAGAUGGUGCAACGAGAAGGGUGACAUUACGUGUGAGAUUUGCCGCCAGCAAUUCAAGCCCGGUUACACAGCACCAUCUCCUCUGUUUCAUUAUGGCACUGUUCCACUGAACUUCAGGGGAAAUUGGGAGGUUUCGAGAAGGGAUCUGCACAAUGCUCGGAUUUUAGCUAUGGUUGCAGAUCGCAAUUUGUUGGAUACCGACCCUGACGACUAUUCUGCUCCCACUCCAAGAAGUCUGAUAUGUUGUCGUGUGGUUGCUAUAAUUUUCAUGGUUCUUUUGGUGCUACGUCAUACUCUACCCGUCAUAAUUAAUGGAGCCGGAGAUUACACAAUUACAUUGUUCAUGUUGCUGAUGUUGAGAACCAUCGGGAUUCUUUUACCAGUCUACAUCAUGGUUAAAGCAUUCACCGCUAUCCAACGUCGACGACACUUACAGGAAGCUCGAACAUUCUCUUUUGCCGCCUCAGAUGAAGAAAAUGAACUGCCACAACUGCAGCCUCAACAAAAUCUCAUUUCACGUAUAGUAAGUUCUGCAAGUGUCACUGCUUGACAGAAACGGGUUAAUACAUCGCCGUGCAAGAUUUAUUCUUGGCGGAGAAAUGUUGCAAGAGUAAUAAUGUUUCUGGGGAAUCGAUGGGUCUGCUGAUCUAUUAUGUCUUACAAAAUGCUUCUAUGAGAUGUGUACCGUGCCAAAAUUCCAGUGUAAAUACAACACCACUUCCGGUGAAACAUGUGGCUAAAAUGAUGUGAAAGAUGGAUAUAAAUAGCAAGAAUUGUUCCAUGUUUGCUCCGAAGAGGAGAUUA